AUGGAUAUCUCAAGCUGGAGCACUCCACUCAGCUAUAUCGGCCUCGCAGCCCUGGCCUACAAAACUAUCCACUUCGCCCGCCAAGCAACACCAUUUCUCCUCCCCACCACACUGACGCGGCGCUACAACCGCUCCGGCACCAACUGGGCCCUCGUAACAGGCGCCACCGAUGGAAUCGGCUUCGGCUUCUGUGAAGAGCUCUGCGCCCGCGGCUUCAAUGUCAUCCUCCAUGGGCGCAACCGCACCAAGCUCGAGCGCCGCGCCAGCGAGUUAAACAAGCGCUUCCCAACUCGCAAGACGGACAUCAUCGUACUGGACGUUAUCAACCUCACCUCCACCGUAGACGGGGUCGCUGACGUGGUAUCUGCUAUUCUAGCCACCCAUGGGGGCCAGCUGACCGUACUGGUGAACAAUGUGGGAGGCGACGGCAGGCCGUCUGGGACGCUGGACAACUGCAGCUUCGAGGUAGUGCAGGCGACGAUUGCCAAGAACGCUACUUUCAUUGCGCAGAUCACGCGCGUGUUGCUACCGCUUCUGGCGGAGGGAGACCCAAGCGUUGUGUUAAAUAUUUCGUCUGUCGCGGCCUGGGGGUUGCCCUAUGUGACUACUUAUGCUGCGACGAAGGGGUUCGUCGAUACCUUUACGCUUGCACUGCAGGCCGAAUGUGAUGCCGAGAGACGCGGAGUCGAGGUGCUGGGCCUGCGCGUGGGCCAGGUGAGCACGCCCGGGUUCCCUAUUGCUUUGGGCUGGUUUGUGCCGACGCCGCGGGUGAUGGCACAGGCCGGGUUGAAUCGUAUUGGCUGUGGACAGGCCAUUGUAUACGGAUAUUUCUGGCACUGGGUGCAGGGGCUGGCGUUUGAAAUUUUGCCUCGGUGGGCGCUGAAUAAGGCAACGACGGCGAAUAUAAAGGCGAUGAAGUUCCCGGACGAAGAGAAGGUGAAGAAGCGAUAA